UCGUUUGAUGAGUGCGUGGCGCGAGAUGGUGAGGACUGUGACCCGGAGAACCUGUGGGUGCAGAUCCCCUACUUCUGUGGCCACCAUGCAGACUGCUGGGAACCAGGGAACCAGUGGGCCUUAGAGGAAGCCAAGCGUAACGUUCUACAUCACUACCUGGUGGUGGGCGUCACCGAGGAGUUGCGUGACUUCCUGGCUGUUCUGGAGGCAACCUUGCCCAGGUUUUUCCGCGGUGCCACCGCGCUUUACAGUGAAGGCCACAAGUCACACUUGCGUAAGACAGCAAAGAAGGUCCCGCCCAAGCCUCAGACGAUUGAGAAGAUUCAGGAGUCCACCAUUUGGAAAAUGGAGAAUGACUUUUACGAGUUUGUCCUGGACCACUUCCACUACAUCAAGCACUUGACCUUUGAGAUGCAGGACGGAGAGGUUGUGGAGAAGGAGCGCAAAUUCCAGUUUGAGAAAAUCCGGCCAAGAUGAGAGGAGGAACAGGGUGUCGGGGGUUCCAGGGUGGGGGGUAGGGGGUUGUGGCCGAACUGACUAAAACACAAGUUGUGUUGGGUGUUUGGGGACUGCCGCACUGACAGUCAGACAUGGCGAAGGGACUCUUGUUGUCUGAUGAUGUGUGUGUGUGUGUGUGUGUGUGCGGAGUUAUCUCUGUGAUGGUGGUGCUUGGGUGGGUGGGGCUAAUGUGGCUCUUGGUUCACUUGGGUUUUUUGGGG